AUGGUCUCCGUUGCCACAGCCCCCCUCUCGCCGGCCCUGACAGCCACACCUUCCAUCCAGCGUUCGAAGAUGAUCGCCAUGUCAUCUCCCGUAUCGAUCCUCAAGUCCUCCAAACCCGGCGGAAACAAACGCAAAAUGGACGACGCUGACCUGGGCCUCUCCCCGUCUAUCCCCGAUGACCUUCCCAAACACCUCAAUAAGCGCCCCCGCGUUACCUUCAACGAAAAAAAUUCCGUUCGCACAUUCUCGGUCGUUCAAGAUGACCCGCUCACCGGUUUGCCAGUCAAGAGCCUUGCUGUGAUUCGGGAAGAAGUACGUCGGGCCAUUCAUCGCCAUGUUACAGCUGCAGAUAGCGAGGGCUAUGACCAAGUGAAGGAAAUUUUCCUUGCCGACCCCAAACAAGCGGACCGUGGAAUGUCUUCAUGGAGCAUUCCCACACCCCUAACCGUCAAGAACCAUCUGAUGGGUCUUCUUUCUCACAUCGCCUCCUUGGACCGCAACUGCAGUGGCUUGGUUAAUGCUAUUCUCGACAGUGAGUGGCUGGGUCGCGACGAGCCCUAUGUCAAGCUCUUCAUUCGCUUUCUAGGCAAUCUUGCCGCUGCGCAAGGAACAUAUCUCGCCCAGGUCUUCCGCAUGCUUACUUCCAAACUUGCUGGCGUCUCCCACGGCUCUGGCCGAUUGCCUGGCUACUCAGUCGUUGAGCCCUCAGAGAUCUACACUCGUGUUCACAUGGCCUUGCGCCAUGUGAUGCGGCUUAUUCCUGCUGGCAGUGGAGCCUUGUCACCCAUUCUAUCACACCAAUUUCCUCCCGACCCCGACCCAGCCAAGUGCUUCCUCGCUUACACCCGCAAUCUCAUCAAAAUCAUCCAAUACGCCCCUGAGCUUCAGUCUGAUGUUCUUGCCCUGAUAACCGAGAGGCUGGUCAAGGUUGAUGUGCAGAUUCAGGUGGACUUGGAAGAUGUUGAGGAUGAGUUCGGCGAAGAAUUCUUACUGGAAGAGCCUUCUGACUUAAACGAAGAACUGGAAGACCCGGAUGAGGAUUUUAGUGAUGACGAUGAGCCCGACCAACGUGCUAAGGAGAUCAAGGGAAAUAUUCAAAAAGUUGAUGGAAUGCUGGAUAUUCUGUUCGAAUUUUACUCCGGUCCCUUCACAACAGGCACUGCAACCGACAAAGAAAACACCUUGUCACUCCUGAUCAGCCACUUCAGAUCCAUCAUUCUCCCAACCUACAAAUCCCGACAUUCUCAAUUCCUUCUCUUCCACUUUUCUCAGUUGUCUCCUGAGCUUGUAGAAUUGUUUGCCACGGAAUGUAUAGAUAUUAUUGGCAGCAAAUCCCAGCCAGGUCUCAUGCGCCAAUCCGCAGCUGCUUAUCUGGCUAGUUAUGUUGCUCGAGGUGCCCACAUCUCUGGCGACGUUGUGCGUGAUGUUUUUGAUCUCCUCCUUACGCAUGUGGACAACCUGCAAGCAGAUUAUGAACUUGCAUGCCGCGGUCCUGAUCUUCGGCGAUAUGCUCCAUACUACUCCACCGCUCAAGCCGUGUUCUACAUCUUCUGUUUCCGCUGGCGCGACUUGACAACUGCAGCGAUUGACGGCGACACCCUCGAGCAGAUUGAUGAGCUUGAGCCCAGCCAGAUCAUUUUCCCACCAAACAUCAAGGAAUAUCUUCACAAGUCAAUCUACUCGCGACUGAACCCGCUCAAAGUCUGUUCGCCUGGCAUCGUCACCCAAUUUGCACGUAUUGCCAACUACUUUCAGCUCCUUUAUGUGUAUCCUCUCUUGGAGACCAACAAGCGUCUUCGCAUCACUACUUUCCGCAGCAUUGGCAAUCUCAGUCAAGUCGAGCGUGAGACCCGUGCUAGUGACCAUCUCGGUCACCAACUCGAUGCCUACUUCCCCUUCGACCCAUACCACCUACCUCGCAGCCGACGCUGGCUGGAAGGUGAUUAUGUCGAGUGGCGUGGUGUUCCAGGUCUGGACGACGAUGACGACUCGGAUAGUGAGGCUGAUGAGGACAAUGACGAGGAUGACGAUGUCACAGCAACCGACGAAGAUUGA